AUGGCCGCAGGCUGCCUACGCGGCAACGGGGCACGAAAGCUUCGGCACGAGUUAGUAGCCGCUCAGUACACAUGCAUGUUGCUUAGCUAUUUAAUAGAGCGUAAGGCUGAGAAAGAGAAGCUGGUAAUGAAACUCAAGCAGUUGGAAUCGAGCAUGAGCUCGGGCCGGAAAACCUCCAACCUGACGCGUGCCCUCUACUUCGUCUGCGAUGCGGUCCUGUGGCUGAAGAGCGUUGGGCUCCAACCUGACAUCGAUAAGCCAAAGUGGCGGAAUUGGGCUACCAAGUGUUACUACUUUUCACUCCUGAUGAAUCUGGCCAGGGACUGGUACGAGAUCUCCUGGAGGCUGGAACAAGCUGUACAGGAAGAAAAAACAAAGAAGAAUUCCUGCUGGGAUGAACACAACCAGGAACUAAACUGCCUGAAAUGUGACGGUUUACACGGUUUUCUCCUCCAGGUGUUUCAGAUACUGAAAAAGCAUCCUCCAUUGCUGCUGGACUUGGUGAAGAAUCUCUGCGAUCUCUCAGGUCCUUUGGAUACGCUAGGGAUCUACAAGACCAACCCAGGAGUGAUUGGUUUCUGUGGCGUCCUCUCCUCGCUGGUGGGGAUCCUCACCUUAGCAAGCCCACACCUGAAGCUGAAACAGUGA